UCUUCCGAGACUCCGUUUCUCUAUUCUGCUGUUCAGUACUCUCUCUCUCUCUCUCUCUCUCUCUCUCCCAGUAAUGUCUAUAAAUUACAAAAUCAGUUAAACUAUGAGACAUGGGAUUUUUCCGACGAAUUUUUGGCGCCAAAAAGGCCGGGUCUUCUCCGCCUUCCAAAGAGAAGAGGAGGUGGAGCUUUGCUAGAUCUUCCAAUUCAAUUCCGUCGCAUUCCAAUAAGCUCGACACUUUAUCAGGUCCGUAUGGUGACAAUUUGGACGCGAACAAGCACGCCAUUGCUGUGGCAGCAGCCACUGCGGCUGUUGCGGAGGCCGCACUCGCGGCCGCUCAAGCUGCAGCAGAGGUUGUGAGAUUGACUACUGUCGGCGGUGGCGGUGGUGGGGGAAGAAGUACUACUGCCUCAGCUCCUGUCAUUGACGCUCACCGCCGGUGGGCGGAGGUGGCCGCUAUCAAGAUACAGUCGGCUUUUCGUGGUUAUCUGGCAAGGAGAGCACUAAGAGCACUGAAAGCAUUAGUUAAGCUCCAAGCAUUAGUGAGAGGCCAUAUUGUGAGAAAGCAAACAGCUGACAUGCUUCGGCGCAUGCAAACAUUGGUGAGGUUGCAGGCUCGGGCACGUGCUAAUCGAACUCAUAUACCAGAAUUGCGACAUUCUACUAGCAAGUCUUCUCAGUCACAUCAUACAGUCACUACAAGUCAUGUCAAGGAUCACCUACUUCAUGAUUAUAGUACUAAAUUUGAUGGGCCCUCAAUUCUUAAGAGAUGUGGUUCAAAUUCGAACUUCAGAGAUGAAUCAAAACUAGGUUCAAAUUGGUUAGAUCAUUGGAUGGAUGAAAGUUUUUGGAACAAGCAUGGUAGCAUUCCAAUGAGAAGUCAUCUUGCUGAUGAUGAAAAGAGUGACAAGAUCCUUGAAGUGGAUACUUGGAAGCCCCACAUGAAAUCCCAACAAAGUAUCAGAGCCUUUCAGACGUUGCAGCAUGGUUUGGCUUCAGAAAAUAACAGCCAGAGCUUUACAACAUUCGAAUCACCAUCCAAAGCAACAAAUCAAAUGCCAAAUGUCUCUUCAGGAGAAGUUUUGUUAGUAAACACUCUUAAAGUUCCCCUUGGAAAAGAUGAAGCAGCUUUUAGGACUGUGGAGAACAGCUCCAAUGCGUUUUCCCCAUCAUCUAGACCCGGAAGCAGUGGUAGAAGAGGUCCUUUUACCCCCACAAGGAGUGAGUGUGCAUGGGGAUUUUUUAAUGGCUACUCAGGCUACCCAAACUACAUGGCUAACACAGAAUCCUUCCGGGCUAAGGUCAGAUCACAAAGUGCCCCAAGGCAGAGGCUAGAGUUUGAAAAGUAUAAUUCGAGCAAAAGAUCUGGCCAAGGGUUUUUUGAUGCAGACACUAUUUCAGAAAGGGGCUUUGCUCAACAGCCCAACUUUAGAAACAGAGCUUAUCCAGCAUCCGGUCGCAUGAAUUUGAAUAGACCAGCAAGCACCGAUUUGAGGUGACAACCACUUUCUUUUCUAAUUGUCUUCUUUUUUCAUCUUUUUCUAAAUUCUUCUUCUCCUUUCCAAUGUGUGUGAAAAUGCUGUUAUUGUAAUUAUUUGAUCAUGAUCUCACUUUGUUUGCCCUUACAGAAACGAACUUGAAUAUUUCAAGUGUUUCUCCAAAAUUGUGAUUGUUUCUUGAUUCAUUCCGGUGAUUAAUGUUUUAUUAUUAUUAUUACAGUCGUGCUCAUAUUUUGUA